UCCCGACCACGACGAAAUUCAAUUCACCCCACGAAUAGUUACCGAUCCCAUCGCUCAUCGAACCCGGUCCACGCAUACCUACACGGCGCCAUGAUGCGCAGAGCCCUCGCCGUCGCCCCGAAGCGGGCCGGCGCCCUUCUCUCCACCGCUCGUCCAUCCAUCUCCUCGACACAUCGCGUCGCUGCUGCGGCGCCGAUGAUCGAGUCACGGCGGUCAUAUCAUGAGAAAGUCCUCGACCACUACAGCCGCCCCCGCAACGUCGGAUCGAUGCCGAAGAACGACGCCGAUGUCGGCACCGGCCUGGUCGGCGCCCCGGCGUGCGGCGACGUGAUGAAGCUGCAGAUCCGCGUCGACCCCGCGGACAACACCAUCUCGGAGGUGAAAUUCAAGACGUUCGGCUGCGGUUCGGCCAUCGCGUCGAGCAGCUAUCUGACGGAGCUGGUGCGUGGCAUGACGCUAGAGGACGCGGCAAAGAUCCAGAAUACGGAGAUUGCGAAGGAGUUGUGUUUGCCGCCUGUGAAGCUUCAUUGCUCCAUGCUCGCCGAAGACGCCAUCAAGUCUGCCAUCUCGAAUUAUUACUCCAAGAACCCCAACGCCAAGGUGUCGGAUCUAGGUGGCACGGGAGCAGCGAUGCCAAAGAUCGAGGUCGAGAGGGUAACGGAGGGUGCGUCCGCUGCGGCGGCUUGAAAUGGAAAUGGGAAAGAAAAAUGACGAACACCUUCCGUAAUGCUCGUUGCGAGACGCGCUAAUUAUUUUCUCCCGUUUUCGUAACACUUCGCUCAAUCUUUGGCGGAGUCGGGGCGCGGUUUCGAAAUUUGUGUACAUACUUUUUUCUUGGAAAAGAUAUGGGUGGCUUCGGUACAUCAUCUUCCAUCAAGAACAAUGAAAUCAAAUACGAUAUUUCAAUGCACGGAAUGAUGCUAUUUGAAGACGGAUCUGAUGCGACGGGAUGUGACUGGUGAUUGGUAACGGGGCCGGAGGCGGGCGAUGGAACUUACUUGGGUCACGCCAUCAUCGUUCGAUCGUGAACUCUCUGCGAAGGCAACGGCAAUUCGAUC